UUCCGUCGCGCCGCGUACUUGAGGAGUUGCAUGUGGCGAAUAAGCGGUGAUACGGAAGGUGGAAAGAAGCACGAAGAAAGGAAGCCCUCGAAGAAAAAAAAUAUUUUCCUCUCCGAAGACAGGAACUAAAUGUAAUUUCUUUGUUUUCAUCAAAGUGAGAAGCUCGUCCCCGCGAGUGCGCGAAUUCCCGAAGAUCUCGAUCAUCUCGCGAUUCUAGAUCAUAUGUCGAGAAUCUCCAUUGAACGAUUGUAUACACGGUUUUUUCGCUGACUAUCUUUAAAAGGACAGAAUCAUUGCCAAACAACGAUGUCGCAUGUCGCAAGACACGAAAGCGUUUUUGCCCGACAGUAUAGGAACCCAUGAACGACGAAGCCCGACACGUGGGUGUCGAAUAUUCAUUCAGAAGACUGCACUUGCUCUUAGACGAGAUUGCUAUAAAAACGUCCCCUAUAGGAGAAGUUCAAGGAGCGUCUAAAAAAAUAAGAUUUUGCGAAGGAAGAUAAUCGACAUCGAUCAAGGGAUGAUUGAUGGUCGAACGGGCGCUUACGCAACUGCGGCAUUUGCAAGUGCGGGAAAAGAAGAGAAAACGCUUGAUUGCAGCGGACGGUUUGUCGUCGUAUAGGGAGGAAAAGAGUGAAGAAACGUUAGAGUGUGGCGCGCGAGACGAGAUCGCAAUGAAAGUCAAUAAACCGUGAUGAGUAACAGAGAGUAUAGUGGUCGGAGUGGCAUUAAUAAAUUAGUGUCUACUUGCUGCUGCAAGCAACAGCAGCGGCAGCAGCAAUAGUAGCAAAAGUCCGGAGGAGGAAGAGGACGAAGAGGAGGAGGAGGUGGAGGAGAAGGAGGCGGAGGUGGUGGAGAAGGAAGACCUCGGUGCGUGCGCGGUGUGUACCACGUGUAUGCAUGCGUGCGAAUACGUGUGACUGGCCGUGUCGAUGCGGGGAUUUGGCCAGUGUGUCAGUGUGAAAGAAGACAAUUGACUCGUAGCCGCAGUCCGUCGGACGGUGCUCGGCACGGCGGGGGCCUUCUGACGUCACAUCCUGCCCCGCGGCCUGUACGAGCCGCGAUCUCAUCUGGACCACGGCGCACGAAAGCGAAUGAAGAACGAUGAUCCAUCGCGACAAGAGGAUCCUUGGGAUCUUUGUCUUGCUCAAUGUAAUCGCAAAAAUUCCAGCGAAUCGCACGGAUUCGCCAAAAACAGACAUGAUUGAAGAAACGGAAGUUUUUACUACGACGAAAAGGAUUCUACCGGACAGGUGUCUUGUCAAAACGGAACCGGGACCCUGCAAGCAGUUCGUACACAAGUGGACCUUCAACAAAGCGGAAGGAAAAUGUCGAACCUUUCCGUACGGCGGUUGUGCAGGAAAUGAAAAUCGAUUUAACUCAGAAGCCGAAUGCCUUCAUUACUGUAUCGGCGGUGCUGAUCAUACGCUACCGCCUUAUCUUGUGACGAAAGGCAGCGUAUUUGUCACAUCGAGCACCACGACAACCAGCACUCCACCUCCCACGACUUCCAGCACUUCACGACCGACCUUCAAACCACCGGAACCGACAAAGCCGCCGGUACCGAAGCAUCAACGAGGAAAAGAAUUAACUUUCAUGGAAACUGGCUACGAGAAGACGUUUAUGUUCGCACAAAGCAAUACUUUCAUCCAGCUCGAUGGCCCUGGCAUCAAAACCUUUCAGCUGAGAUUAUGCCGCGAGAUAUCUUUCAAAUUUCGCACAAAACUCCCACACGGCUUGCUAGUUUAUCACAGCGUGAAAGAUCGUCCGGAAAGCCUCGAUCCUUACGCUCUUUACGUGAUAGUGGAAAAGGGUCAGCUAAAGGUAGUUCAUGUAUUUGGCAAGCAAUCAACUAGUUUGACAGUCGGCGAAGGGCUUAACAGGGACGAAUGGCAUAGCGUUCUCGUGAGGAUCGAUGUGCAUGGAGCAAAAUUGAUUGCUAGAGUCGACGAUAAACAGGGUGAGACCACUCUAAAAGUCCUGGAACGCGUCAUAAAUUAUGGAGUAUCCGAGGAAUUAGCCUCAGUCGUUCUUAUCGGAGGAUUGAGUUCCGAAGAACGAUUGCACGGCGUGAAAUAUAUAAUCGAGUCCUUCGUCGGUUGCAUCAGAGAUAUGGUUCUGAGUUCCGGAAAAUCUGCCAGCGAUUUGCUACCUAUUCGACCGCUAAUCGCGACCAAACACGAGAAUGUUAAGGAAGGCUGUAUCGAUAAAUGCAGAACACGAGAAAAUUUGUGCUUCGUCCCUAAUCAAUGUGUGAAUCACUAUAAUAGUCUGACGUGUGACUGCUUCGGAACGAAGUACGAGGGUGAACGUUGCGACGUGUACACCGCGACGAUACUAACGCUGAGAGGUUCCUCAUACGUGUCCUUUCGCGUGUAUGAUUGGAAGGAUCGUGUUCACUCAUCUGUCAACAGGAUCAGUCUUGCUUUCAAGACAAAAUGGGAUGAUUCCGUCCUGUUUUAUGCUUCCGGCGAAAUUGACGGGACACCACAUUACGUCGCAGCUUGCAUUAUAAACGGAUCGGUUUACGUUGAGCUCGAUUUUGGGCAUAAUUCAAAGAUCUCUACUAUGCUGGGCGAUUACGUCACGUCUGAUCAUUGGAAUAACUUGACUAUAUUUCACAACGGAUCCCUAGUCUUCGUCAGUUUAGACGAUGAUGUGAAGGUGCUAGAAAUACCUGGAGAAAAUUACAAUAUGAUUAUCGAUCCGGAGAUAUACAUCGGCGGUGGCCCAGAGCUCCAAAAGAAAAAGGGCCUUCUCUCGCACAAUAAUUUUGCAGGUUCCUUAAAAUAUGUAUUCUUUAACGACAAGUCAAUUAUAUACGAACUAAAACGCUCCAAUCCCAUGGUGCACUAUAUUGGCGUGCUGGAGCCCGAAUACUACGAAGCCGACGUCGAAGUCAUUCCGAUCACUUAUCCCUUCGCAGGAAGUCACAUCUGGUGGCCCAUCGAGCGCACCGAUUCGCUGAAUUUAAAAUUCGAUUUCAAGAGUUCAAAGCCGAUUGCAGUAGUCGCUUCGGGAAACGUGAAGAGCAAUCGUGGUAUUGGCUACUGGGAGCUACGUCAAGUCAAUGAUGAAAUUCGUUUCCAAUUGAUACCAGUCGUAACGGAAAACAUUACGGUGUCAGCUUCCGUAAAAUUUCCACCUUACAAUACCUCCUGGCACGCAAUCGAGCUUAAUUAUACAAAGGACGAGCUCAACCUCGUGCUCGACUAUAAAAAUAAGCAGAGCAAGCACUUCGGCACUAUGACGUUCGAGCUGGGUGAUAAAGUCAUUAUAGGAAGUGGUAAAAGCAACGCAGGUUUAGUAGGAUGUAUGCGUGAGAUACAAGUGAACAAUCAAAGAAUCGAACCUAGAUAUGUGAUUAACACCGAGAGAGUAAUCGGAGAAGUCGCUUUAGACAAUUGUCAAUUUGUGGAUCCAUGCAAGAGGCCGAACACCUGCGAACACGGUGGUAAAUGCUCGGUGAAAGAAGACAGAAUCACGUGCGAUUGCGCAGACACGGGAUAUAUGGGACAAAAUUGCCACUUUGCACAAUACCGAAAGACCUGCGAGGAAUUGGCUCUUCUGGGAUAUACGCAAGAUGAUGUUUACAAAAUCGACAUCGAUGGAAAUGGCCGAUUUCCGCCCGCCUUAGUAAAGUGCGAAUUUCAAUCGAUCGAAGAUUCGACCAAAACGAUCGUCGAACACAAUUUACCCUCCCAAGUGGAUGUCAGAUCCAUCAUCGAGAGCGACUUUACUUUCAGCAUCAAGUAUAGGCAGUUCAGCGCUGAGAUGCUUCAGGAGUUGAUCUCGCAUUCGCUUUAUUGUAGUCAAUACGUAAAAUACGACUGUUACAAGGCACCUUUGGAGUUGCACAGUGCCACGUGGUUCCAGUCCUCUAAAGGCACCACUGUCGAUUACAUCGGAGAAGUCAAUCGCGGAUCCUGCCCUUGCGGAAUGAACAGAACAUGCGUGCACUCCAACUUGAGCUGUAAUUGCGACGUGUCCGCCGGAAAUGCGGGAAAAUGGUUGUCGGACGAAGGAUAUUACGAAACACCUGAUUCAUUAGGCAUCAUCGGAAUGGUGUUUUUGCAACAGAGAGACCUCGAAGAAGAUGCUCGAGGACGUAUUACCUUAGGGCCACUAGAAUGCGUUGAAACAAACACACAGAAGUACGUGGUAACGUUUACGACAUCGCAAUCGUACAUCGAAGUGCCGGGUUGGAGAAAAGGUGACAUAGCCUUCAGCUUCCGAACAACCGGCGAGAAGGCUAUUCUUCUGUAUCAGCCACCGAUUCGAAGCAACUAUCCUUCCUUCAUGGUUGCAUUAACAUCCGAAUAUCGAUUGACCUUCCAUUUCACUCUGAAUACCGGUAAGGUUCGCGAACUAGAGGUGAAAAGUCGGCGCAAGUUGAAUAAUGGCGAGUGGCAGAAGAUUUGGAUCGACUACAACGACUAUCACGUGAGAUUCAUGAUCAAUACCGACUUCCAAAUGAUAGAUUUGUUGCCCGAAGAGGAGUUCGGGCCUUUCGAAGGAUCUAUGUUCAUCGGUGGCGCUACCGCAGAGCACUUGAAAGCUUCUUCCGUUCGACAAGGUCUCAUCGGUUGUUUUCGCGGUCUCGUUGUCAACGGAGAAAUAUUAGAUAUCCACAGUUAUAUGUCGGUGCAUCUGUCGGAAAUUAUCAAGGACUGCAAGCCUUCGUGUCAACCUAAUAAGUGCGAGAACGGCGCCAGGUGCGUCGAGCUGUGGAGCAACUUCGAAUGCGUGUGCGAGAAUAAAUGGGCGCACUUGGGCACUUAUUGCGAAACAAAUAUCAAUAAUAAAGCCCUCACAUUUACUUCACCCGAAGCGUUCUUGAAGAAAAACUACUUCGGAUCGGACGAUAACGAGGAAAGGCUACAACUGAAAAGCAUGCUGCAGGAGAAUAUUUUGAUUAACUUAAGAACCUACGAUACUCAUUCUCUAAUACUUUACGCGAAUGAUCAUUUAAAUAACUUCGUGCAUCUCUACAUCUCCAACGGUACCAACAUCGUGUAUCUCUUCAACGCUGGCAAUGAGAUUAAGAACAUCACAGUAGUAAAUCCAAAUGUCAACACGGGAAUCUCGAUGCAAAUCGCUAUAAUUCGAGGCGAGAAUUGGACCACGCUACACGUGAACGAAUAUAAUGUCACAUUAAACGCAACACCCAUACUUCUGGAAACGUAUUCGAACAAGCCGUGGACGAAUCCAGAGAAAGAAGUUUUAGCGCCGCAACGGCCACCGGCACCCCCCACCGAUUAUUUCCAAGUAAAUUUAGGAGGAUUUGAUCCUGAUAAUCUGUUGAGAGUCGGCAAGGAAGGAGCCUUAAUUCACGGUUACGUUGGUUGCUUGCGAGGGCUUAUGAUCGGCAAGUAUCUCGUUGAUCUGCCGAAUUUGGCUAGCGAAGCGAAUCGCGAAGGCAGCAAAGUUCUUGGAGUUCUACCGAAUUGUCAAAUGAAAUGUGACGCGAUGCCCUGCAAGAAUUUAGGAAUCUGCACGGAAGAUUUUGGCAGGCAGGAGUCCUCCUGCAACUGCGAGCUAACGUCCUAUUUUGGCGAACAUUGUGCCGACGAAAAAGGCGCCGACUUCAGCGGAGAGAGUAUACUUCAGCGCGAAUUCGAGCUCGAGGGCGAGGUGAACCAGGUGAAGGUUCAGCUGGCGUUCUCGGCAAACGAGUUGCGACAGCGAACCACCGCGUUGCUGCUGAUACAAACCGACAACAAAAGGAGCUAUUAUUUACUGGUGGCCUUAACAUCCGAGGGACAUCUUAUCUUCGAGGAGGAUAGGGACGGUGCAGCAGCUUACGGCGUGCGUUUGAUCGAUCGGAACUUCCUGAACGGUGCACGUCACAGCGUCUAUUAUGUUCGCGACAAUAAUACGGCUACUCUUUUGAUCGACCGCGAACUCGUCCAAUUGCUACCAAUUCCGCUCGGAGCGCCGAUUCCAGCGGACGAAGACGAAAGUCUGGGCGCUACGGAGAUUCAGCUUGGUGGAUUGAACACCACCGAUCCGCGAUUCAGCGCCUACAAAGGAUACACUGGUUGUCUGAGCAAUGUUGUAAUAUCGAUCAAUGAAGGUGCCGGCAUGAAGCCGUUGGAAGAAUAUAUGCUCUUUACGAAACAAGGCAGCGAGACCGUCCGCGCGACGAUACCCGCUGGCGUUAGAAGUGCCCAAUGCGCGGUCUUUCAUGCUCAAUCUGGCGGUCCUGAACCGCCCAGAAACGAUAGCGUGGGUCGUGACAAGGCAUGGGUCGAGGACCCGCCGGAGAGAAAUGUGUACACCUCGCAGUAUUCAGGCGCCACGCAGGAGGAGCAAGGGGCAGGAACAUACAUUUUCAUAGCUUUGUGCUGCGUUUUCGUGGCCGCGGUGAUCGGGUGCAUUUACGAAGUGUGGCGAAGCGCACGCAAGGAUCGCCAACGACGUCGCAGUGCGGCAUCCGCAGCGUCGACGACUGCCGCGGUCGCUUCCGGCUCGCAGCGGUGGCAAUCACAACAGUACACGGAAUCCUUAGUGACCGGCUCUAACGUGAAAACGGUUGGUUUCAAGAACGUGGACGAUGACAAAAGGCCAAACGGCACUCAUGUGAAAGUACCAAGUGCCAAAGAAUAUAAACCGUUGCCAAACACGGAUCCCAAGGACUUAAUAAACGACAAGAAAGUUCACAUAAAAGCAGACGAAGAACCAGAGAAAAAGGAGCUCCUAGGGGUAAAUACAGGCAUCGUCACUAAAGCUGCGAAACCGAAUCCAUUCUCGAUGGAAGAUCUGCAAGAAGAGCCUGAGCUGGAAGAGCGCGAGGAGAAAGAGGUGGAAGAAGAAGAGGAGGAAAAAGAAAAGGAGGAAAACACGAAAGAGCCAGAGGUGGACGAGAAUAAAGAAGAAGAGGAAAAGAAUGAGAGCAACGAACAAGAUGACGAGCUUCUGCUUAGGCCGGUAAGAAACAAGACGGCAAGGAGAGUUUCCUUGACCGACGAAUUGGACCCAGACGACACGCGGGGCCUCCUCGAGACAAACUUCUCCGUGACGGGUCUGAAUGAGAUCAAAACCGAGCGUAUAAUUCCCAGAGUGAAUAACACCACGAAAGCUAACGAUAAGAAUAACACCAUGCCGAAAAGGCCGAUGAGUCUCGAUUUAAACGCGCCGAUUAAGUUCAGAAAACUUCGCGGAGCAACUCGGCCCGAGAAGGUCACGGCGAAGUUGAUCGAUGAUAACGAUGUGAAUCAUCAGUCUCGAGGUAGAGGCUACGUCAGCCUCGCGUCCACGUUACGCACUCAGUAAUCAAAUCGACUGACGACAAUAAUUAAUUACAUUCAAAAGUCACCGCGUUUCGACGAUUGUGAAUACCGUUUCAUGGAACGAACGUUCUUAAACGACAAUCAUAUAGAUAAUAUGUACAUGUAAGCCAAUGUGAUAUAAUCGCAAUUCGAGCAUAACAGAAUCGCUGAAAUAUAACUGCCUAACCAACUGCUACAGAAGUUUAAUCCGGAAUUUCUAACAUUUCAUUAAAACACAUUUAUGAAUUCGGCAUUUGUAGUACUUAAUCAUUUUCUAAAAUAUAUAACUUAGGCACCCAUAACUGCUAAACUUAUAACUACUAAAAAUCACAGUUUGUCGUGAAAAUAAAAUUUAUGAUUAAGAAACAAAAUAGUGCAGCGUAAUAACACGUGUCAUUGUAACAAUAACUGAUGAUUAAUCGAUGCAGAUUCAAUAAAUUGCUUCGGAAUCGCCGCGUAUUGUUUAAUGCGUAUCGUUGCAGUCAUUACUAAUAUUUUAUCUGUACUUUACAAUGCUUUUCCUAUUUAAUUUUAUGAAUUCUUUACGAAAAUAGACGGUUGUUUCAAAGUUUGGCUCGUAGUGGCCGCAUUCGGAGAGAAAAAGACGUUCGCAUAAUGUAUUUAAAGUUAGCUUAUAGUCGAGCACCUGUUUGCGUUUCUUAUUAUGUAGCAUGUGUUGUCGUCAGUAUUUUUCCAGUAUUGAUUAGUUACAAAAAAAGCCAUACGUACUUAGCUCGAGUGAAAUAUUAUUUUAAGAUUCUAAUGCCUUGUAACAACUCAAGGAUAACGAUGAAAGUAGUAUUUAAAAAUAAAUUUACAACGAGAUAAAAUGAUAAGAAACUAUACUUCGAGAUAAGAUGAUGCAAAUCGUUAUCUUAAGAUACAAACCACGUAGUUUUAUUAAAAAAGAAAAUUAAAAUAAGACAUAUUUUAUCGAUUAAAGUCACCCAUGUAUUUUACGACACCACUGUAUCUGACGCCACGCAAUUAACUAAAAAAAGAUCACCAUAGCAUAGAUUAAUGUUAUUACCAUUUAAGCUUACAGUGUACGCCAAACAAACUAUUCACUUAUCGAUAAAAUUAUUUUGAAUAUUGCAAAUUACAAAUUUUUCGAAACAUAAGUUUAUUUUCAAUACGCAAUAUAUAUGAUAAUUGUAUAGUUUGCUUUGUGUGUACACUUGCAAGCCUUAUUUUAGUUUGAUUUCGCUGCUUCGCGCAAUUGUAGAGUGUGUGGCGUUUAUGUGCUUUUGGUGGCGAUCAAAAUAAUCAUGCUAUCAAACUCACAAAAUUCACAUACCGUGAAAGCCCAAGUCAUCCGAGAAUAUCAAGCCUGAUCUAUUCGUCAGAUUUUAAUACGAGGUGCCAUAUUUUCAGCACAAGAAUUGGUCAUCUAGAACGAGUGUCGAGGAGAGCGUUAUACCGUUAGACUCCAUUAUAAAACCUGACGAAACGAAAAUACCGUGCAAACUAUAGAGGUACGGACGUCGAUAAUAAUCUGUUACGAAUGUUAACGCGACAAUCGCAUCUUAACCUGGUCUCUGCAGUCUCUGAUUCUUUUCCUGACCGCGGGAUGCAAUUAAUUAUUCACGAUACGAUGCAUCUAAAUCUGCUUCCCCGGAUGCAAUUAACAGGAAGUUACUUAUGACAAUGUUAUUAUGAAUUGAGAAUUAUUUUCGUUAUUAAUAUUAUUGUCACUAUCUCAUAAUUAAAUUUAAAUAAAAAAUCAUUAUUUAUAUGUAAAGAACUUAAAUAUAUAUAUAUAUAAUGUACUUUGUUGCAUAUAGAUAGUUAGAUGAUCAAAAUUAGACAUAAUACUUUAUCAUCCCAAAAAGUCAAUUACUAUUUUACAUUUCGCUAUUUUAAUUUUUGGAAAUUGUUAUUACAAUUAUCAUCGUGUUACUGCAAUUUUAUUUACCGUAAUAUUUUUGUUUAAUAGUUCAUAAUAACAUAGCUGGCGAAUGAAAGUCAUGCGUUGCGUGAUCGAAUGUAUUGCUUGCACGAUAUAAACGUGACGAUGCAUCCCAUACGGAAUGACGAAAAGAUUUAUAUUCUUUUAAAAUAAUUAGCCGCUAGGACAUUAACCCGUGAGUCUCAUGAGACGUUUUAUAGUAUGUUAUAUACGCACGAAGUGACAAAGAAAAUAUACAAGUUUUUCCAUUGA